AUGAAGGUCUUUGUUUUGUGUGUUUUGGCUACCGUAGUCGUGUCCGACAACUUUACUCCAAAGUUGAACAACCCAAUUACUGGCGGUGAGUUCACCUACUACGAUGCCUCUGGCUCCGGAGCUUGUGGCUUGCCUUUGACUGGAUGUAACGCCGCCGUAUCUGCUUCUUUGUUCACUCCCACCAGUACUUGGGGUCCAAAUGCUCAAGGUGUAUAUGUUCUCCAAGACCCAGUUUGCGAGGACAAGUGCGUCAAGAUCCAAUACAAUGGCAAAACGUAUGUUAUACUGUGGUUUUUAGCUUGAUAGUCGUCUUGUCUUUGUCAUACCUUUUUACUAUUCGUAUUAAAAAUGACUGUAAAUACAAGCCCAUCAAAUUCACUUUAGUGCUUCCUUCCCAAUCACCGACAAGUGCCCAGGAUGCGACGCCAACCACGUUGAUCUAGCCACCAAGGCCUUCACCGUCUUGGAACCAAACACUGCUGUUGGCGUAGCCAAAGAUGCUACCAUUACCUACGUUGACUGUUCCUCCACCACCGUCAGCACUUGUUAA